AUGACAUCGAUACACGAACAAAUUCCAAAUGCAUUUGAGCAAAACCGAUUGAAUUCAUGGUCUAGAAAUGUCGAUAAUGGCGUCGAUCGCUUAGCAGUACAACGUGCACGGCAUUUAGAAUUACGAGAUGUUCGUGCUUCAAGACCAAAAUCAGUAACGGACAAUGAAGAUAAUGACAAUAUAUCCGACUGGAGUGAGUCCGACAGAGAAUGUUGUCCAUUAAGCGACUACGAAUCAAGUGGACCUUACUCAACAGGCAUUUCGAUAACAACUAAAUUCAACUAUAAUGAUGACAUAGACGAUCAAAUUGAUGAUGAAAUACCUGUGUCGAAACUAGACGAUGAUGAUAACGAUAUCAAAGAAGAGGAAAUUCCUGACAAAAGCGAAGAGAAAACUGUGACUGAUAUGAGUUUAACAAGUAAAAAUGAUGAAGUUAAUAAUACUAGUAUUACUCCUCAUCUCACAUUAAAAUCGUUCUCUCGAGAAAAUAACUUUAAAGCAAACUCUAACAAAAAACUUCCACAACGAAACGAAUAUAUUAUCACUCGUAGUUCAACAAUUGUUGACUGUUAUCAUAGAAAACCGAAAACUGAAAUGAAUGAGCCAAAGUUGAGAACCAGAGAAAAUACAGAACAUUCGUUCUCUGACAAACGAUCAAUAACUAAUGCUUUAAAAACGAAUGUCCGUCGUUCGUCUGUACGCUCAAGCAUUUCUAUAGCAAAUUCUCAGAUAUUCGAUUUCGAUCAUCAUAAAAUACCACCUAAUCGUUUAUCGCAGAAUCUACUUCACAAUAAUACUCGGCUUCUUCGACGAGAUACAGCAAUACAAGAUCAAAAUAAACGUUUUCGUUAUCAUAAUCAAACACUCAAAGAAACAAUAUCACCAAAUAACUCGUUUCAAAGUAACGACAAGACAAUAGUGGAUGAAACAAUAAAAGAACGAGCAUCACCCAAUUUCAGUUUAAAUUCAACCGUCAUCGAAUAUUCUCGUAUACCAACGAGAGCUUAUGAGUUAAAACGAUUAAUGGUGGACGAUUGGGGUCGCCUGACAGAUACAACAAACAUUCAACGAGUGCCAAGCAGAACAAUUGUUCAUCCACCAUUCCCUCUUGGAUAUCAACGAGCAACACACGAGCAAGUAGUUGAUGUUGUUGAAAGAUUAAACAGUCCUGUCAGAUGUAGACUUUCUCAUACACCAUCACAAUCUCCAACAAAAAAAUAUCUGUCAAUUGAAGAAACAGAUGCAUUGAUCAAUCGUUUGACCAAAGUUCGAUUCCUACAGACUGAUCAAUGUUAUACAAGAGGAAGAAUGGCGGCUAUGAGAAAAAUUAAUGCUCUUACUCCCCAUGCAUGGAAAUCAACUACUAAUGGCAUACCGACAUAA